AUGACUCGAUUACCUUCUAUCGCACGCCUCUUUCUUUCUUCCUCACAUAAAGAGCGAGACUCUCACACGCAUCUCCCUCCAUUUCUUGUCAACACCUUCCUCCUUCUCAAUCAAAAUUCCACCACCACCAUGUCCGCAGAUCUAGAAUUCCGGUUGCAAGACCUCCCUGCAAUUCAGUUAACGUCUCUUACACUCAAGCUUCCAUCACAGGAACAGGAAUCGUCAGAGGAAUCAUGCAGAACUCAAUCAGAACAAGUUGAAGAAUGUGUAACGCCGACGUCGCCGGAGCACAGGAUUCCCGAAAUUCUCAGCUGUCCUCCGGCGCCUAAAAAACAGCGGCAUGGCGCCCCUCCUUCCUGCAAAAGAAGGCUGACUGAAUUUCAGUUCUUCGAGGUUGUUGCUAGAGACGAAAUUGAUUCCUUCUUCAGCAACCACCGUCGUGACCCAUCACCAUCAACCGCCGCAACCACCCGUCGUCAACCACCCUCAUCAGUCAGUUAUGACUACAUAUCGAAUGGGUGGUCGAAAGAAAGAAAGAUAAAAGGAAAAGAGGAAGAUCAUGUGGGUGAUGGGAUUGGGUUACCAAAUACGCUAUCCAUCCACAUGUGA